GGGAGGGAGCUAACGGGGGCGGUCACUCCCAUCCUAACGGUAGUCAGUCGGGGGGCCGAAGAGGCGGACGGAACCAUUCAUUCUUCUGUGGUUCCCGGAGAAAACGUGGAGGAUGAAGAAGAGACACUAAGGGAGAAAAAAAAAAAAACCCAGUUCAAAUCAAACCCGAAGACUUAAACUGCACGAGGAAGACACAUAGAGACCCUGCUGGACUUUCGAGGCGCCGCAUCCAAGUAUCGCACCGCCAGCAGUUACACGUUGUGAGGAGUUGAAAGAUUUGGAUCAUUUGGAUUUAACUGAAGAAUUUGCCUCUGCGUCCACACAAGAGGUGUGUCUGAUGUGACGCCAGCGGGCUGGCUCAGGGAACACAACUUCAAUACAAUGUAGACACCAAAAACCAGACAGAAUCAGAGCCUGAAGACUGAGUUGACCGAAGGAGGGUUAGUUCAAAGAGGAGGAAGAACAGCUGUGCCGAAACGACACCGGAAGAAGAUAAGAAGUGAAAGGAGCAGAGAGAAAAAGAGGGAAGCAGCAGACGGUGAAUCAUUGACCAGAACUUUGUGUGUACAGCGUUGUCACCCACUCCUUCCCGAGAAGUGUUCACUUGCUCUCAUAUCAAUCACAACCACUAGCUCUCGGUCUUUGGAGGGCCUCACGCUCUACCUGUCCUCUCAGCACCGUUGAAAUCUGAGCAGAGAGAGACUCCAGCCACCGUCAGCAUGUGCCAUGUCAUUGUCACCUGCCGCUCCAUGCUGUGGACUCUGCUGAGUAUUGUGACCGCGUUUGGAGAGCUCAUUGCCUUCAUGAGCACUGACUGGCUGGUGGGAUUCCCCCGCACACCCGAUGCUGUCUUUGGCCCCCAUGGGGCCACCACAGCCGGAGAGGCCUACAGGCCCACUUUGGGCAUCUACGGCCGCUGUAUAAAACUGCCCCACCUGAAGCGUGGAAUACUGUGCGGACCGUACGCGAUACACUUUGGGGAGAUUGCCAGCGGGUUCUGGCAGGCCACUUCUAUCUUCCUGGCGGCAGGGAUCCUGCUGCUGUGUGCCGUGGCGUUCAUCUCGGUCUUCACCAUGUGCUUCCAGAGCAUCAUGAAGAAGAGCAUCUUCAACGUGUGUGGACUGCUGCAAGGGAUUGCUGGUCUGUUCCUGAUCCUGGGUCUGAUGUUGUACCCCGCUGGCUGGGGUUCAGACAAGGUCCAGCUGUACUGCGGCCCCGACGCAGCUCCGUACCGGGCCGGGCUCUGCUCCAUGGGCUGGGCCUUCUACACCGCCAUGGGGGGCACCGUGCUCACCUUCAUCUGCGCCGUCUUCUCCGCACAGGCCGAGAUCGCCACCUCCAGCGACAAGGUCCAGGAGGAGAUCGAGGAGGGGAAAAGCCUCAUCUGCCUCCUCUGAGGCCCACAUACUUUUGUCCUGUUGGGAAAAGCAGAAGAAGAAGAAGAAGAAGAAGAAGAUCUGGACUGGCCUGUGAAAUAGAGGCCCCUGCAUCGUUUACCACUAAAACUGACUGUUUGUCUGUUGCUGUUUUGCGUUUAUGUGGGAGAAAUCUACAAGUGCCAAGUUUUUUCUCAGUGUUUGUCCUUGUCUUUCAGCAACCAGAGGUGCUGUGUCUGUUAUUGUAUUCCUGUUUAACAAUGUGGACGCCCAGAGAGGCUUUGUCUGUCACCACAUGUUCUGUAAAUAAGUGUGAUUAUAUAUAUUUUGUACAUAGUUAUGAUGAGCGUAGAAUGAUUGGUCAGCUUGAUCCAGGCUGGGCUGAUGAUGUCACUCUUGCCUUAAAACACUGGUGUUUUUGUCACCAGACUACAACCAGCAAGCCUGGAUCUGGUAACUGUUUGCCACGUGUGAGUACAAGCUCAACAAGGGAACCACUACUCAGUCAGAAUAAACUACUCACGGAACAAA